CGCAUCCCAGAGUUCCAAGAUAAUGCAAAUGGCCGCUUGACUACCAGCUGCCGAUUCUAGACGCUGUUGGACCGGGCUACCGGGCGUUCGAGGGCGUGUUUCUGUAAAUGUUGUUACACUGUAUUCCAGUGAACGCAUUUCUAAAAUCGGCCGCAAGAUGAUGCAAUUUAUGCUGCUGUUCAGCCGUCAGGGCAAGCUGCGGCUUCAAAAGUGGUACAUGGCUCAUCCAGACAAGUUGAAGAAGAAGAUCACUCGUGAACUAGUCACGACCAUCCUUGCCCGGAAGCCGAAGAUGUGCUCCUUCCUCGAAUGGAAGGACCUGAAAGUUGUCUACAAACGGUACGCCAGUCUGUAUUUCUGUUGUGCUGUGGAACAGGUGGACAACGAGCUGCUGACUCUUGAAGUAAUUCACCGAUAUGUGGAGCUGCUGGACAAGUAUUUUGGAAGUGUGUGCGAGCUGGACAUCAUCUUCAACUUUGAGAAGGCCUACUUUAUCCUUGACGAGCUGCUUGUUGGCGGCGAGAUGCAGGAGACGAGCAAGAAGAACGUUCUUAAGGCCAUUGCAGCGCAAGAUUUACUUCAGGAGGAAGAAACUCCGCAAGGGUUUUUUGAGGAUCACGGACUCGGUUAGGGCACAACCGUGGGGCUCCGGCCUUCUGCCGAUCGGCCGGGGCUUACGGGCAACUUCUAACAAAGAACGCUCUAAUCUGUCCACCCCCUAAAGAAACCGUUGUGCAUUCCACUCCAAGCAGUAUGUGUUCUCUUGCUGUCUUGAGCGAGUCAUUUUUUUUCAUCUUUUUUAUAUUGAGAUGAGGUGGGAGUAAGAAAAUGGUGUGCACACCACUGGCUUGAUUCAUUUUUUAACAUACUUUUUGCUCCUCCCCUCUCGUCUUUUUAAUGGAUUGCUUUUUUUUAAAGUUUGAUUGUGGGUCUGGUUAUCACUUGUCUGCUCUUGAUACUACGACACCGAUUGCUGCUGCUCAAGAUUUGGUACUCUGUUGUGGCCCUGAAGAGCCUCUUGAUGUUCAGUGUCGGUAGUUCUUACUGGCCCUGCCAUCCUCCCAGGUAUCACUAUUUUUUGUGGCAUAAUGCAGGUGUAGAUGUAGGGCUGUGUGAAAGUGAGCUGACUGCCUUGUAGUAGUAGGAAAAUACCACUGCACAGUGAUGUGAGUGUUGUGAAAUGUUGACUUAACCUAUUUAAUUUAGUAGCUAACUGUUUUGCUGUGCCAGCAGCGCAGUGUAAGUGUGUUGGAGGUUGUGUUUUCUGGCAUUGGAGUGUUUUCAAAAGAAGUAACUUUGAUUGAUUAAGGCCGGGUUUUUUGCUGAAAGUUUAUCUGGCAGCUUUUUAAAACAUCAUGUGAUUGGGGCUGCCCAUAAUACACAGUUUUCUAAUGACAGUGUGAAGAUGUUCUUAUUUAGUGUGGUUAAGAGUGUUCUGGUAAGGCCAGGCAUGAUCUGCUCAAAGCAUGUGGAACGUUGAUCUGGAAAACAGUGUCUAAGCUUGUUUAGUACUCAUGUCGUUGCACAUACUGCUGCACAAUGGCAUCACAAGUACUCUGAUUGUGGAUGGUCCACACAGCAUGACAGUUGAAGCCUGCCGUCUGGAGCAUAGCUUUGUGCGCAGACACGAAUGAAGUAUGACCACAUGCUUUGCACGGAUCUUGAAUGGCAGCUACAUGUUUGAGCAGAUGGUUUGGCAGCUGGUAUAUGAUUAGAAGUGAUUUUCUUUUUUUGGCGUGACAUUAAUUUCUUUAUUCAAGUACAAUUUUGACUGAUGACUUCCCUGCAAGUUGGUAUGUAGUUGUGCACCUAUACUUGCCAUGUUCAACUUGUUGUCGAACCUGAGGAUAAUGUCAGCGUUGCACGAAGUUUGUGAGUUGUGUUUAAUAAUGUCAGCGUUGCACCAAGUUUGUGAGUCAUUGUGUUUAAGUUUUCUUAUGAUUUAUGAGGCUAAGCCUCAGUGAAAAAAGCUUAUGAUCGAGGCAUAUUUCCAUCCAUUUUUAGUGAAGCGUAGUUUCUUGCUUAAUAAAUAUUAGGGACUGUUGUGAAUCAGAAAGGCAUUGAGUUGCUUUCGAGUGCUGGCUUUAAGAGCGGUUUUCUGGGUUUGGAUGGUACAGCGGACUUUGUUGUGAAUUUCUAGUUCCAUUCAUGCAUGUAUGAUUUCUUUACAUGACUGCCGAGUCAUCAAAGUGUGUCUAAAAAGCAUUAGUGUGAAGGUGUCAUAGGCCACAAGUUGUACCUCAGCGGUAGCUUGUCAUUUUCAAAUGAUUCAAAAGUCGGUGUUCAAGGUUCAUGUUUUACAUGAGAGUGUGGAGCUAUGGUUUUUGCUUCUCUUUUGGUUUUUCAUUCAUGACAAGUCAGAGCAACUCCUCUGCAAGGUUGUUUGCAAAUGUUCAAAGCUCUAAAGCUUUUUGUUUAGGCAGUUGGUUUAGGAGAUCAGCAGCACAUAACACAGUGGUAAGAGAUCAGGGCCUGCAGGAUCGGCUGCAAGUGAGAAAUACAUGCAAUGAAAGUAAUAAGCCAUGCCCGAUACAUCCUCAAGGUGAUAAUAGAAGCGAAGGCCAGCUUUGCAGCAAGGCUUUCUUUAUUUCUAGGUAUAUUCUUGAUGAAGCUAUAGUCUGGGCUGCCUCUUUGUAUGGAGUUCAGUGCAUGCAGUAUGAGUAAAGUGUUGGAAUUCAGAGCUGGGGAAACAUGCAUGCACAUCAAUCGGGUCUGGUGCUCAGGUUAAUGCUGGUACUUGAAACAACAGUAUUACAUCCAUACAAUGCAGCACUGAUUACAAGCAGCGUUGAUUGUACACCUGUCCUUAUUUGGACAUCUGUGUACAUGAGAUCGACAUGAUUGGGAAGCUUUCAGGUUGAAUGAGCUCAGACUGAGGCGUUCCUUGAACACUGGAGUAGCUUUUUCAUGAAACAGUAGAGUGAAGUACAUUUCCUGGCUUUUACGUUGCACCUGUGCAAAUGUGCACAUUGUGACUUGCUGUGUUCUCUGACUUUUUAGUGUUCAGUGAUUUGCACAUUUUACUUGUUACCUUCGACUGGUUGUGCAAUUUUAUACAAGUGCUGCAUAGUGAGCUUCGUCAGUUUGAGACGAGCUUGCAAGGUUCCUGCUUGUCAUGAAUCAGCCCGAAAUGUGUGGACAUUCUUUUGAUUGUGGGAAAGGGUAGGAAGCAUUGUCAUUUGUGAUAUCUUCAAGCCCUAGGUACUACUUCAUGGGGUUCAUAUAACUGUGAUCUCAUCAUUUUAAGGGUAAAACAAAAGUACUUCUUUCUUUGGCAGCGUUGUCACGAGGUGCGUUGCUGCUUUCUUAACACAAACCUCAGCAGCAAGAGCUAUAGGGGUGACUCCUUAUUGAGUCUUGUGCUCGUCUUGAAAUGAAGUCAGAUGACACCCAAAGAAGUCAAAUUCUUGACAGGUGACUGCUAAUUUACCUUUGUGUGCAUCUUAUAGUGCAACUCUUAUAGCACAGCUAUAUCAUGUUCCUUUUUUUUGUUCUUGCACAGGCAGCUUUUAUUGAGCUGAACCGCCCUUUUCGGUGGUUGCAGUUUAGUUUACUUAUGCAUGCCACUCUUUAAAAGAUGCAACUGGUUCUUCGUGCUGCACUAUAAACUUUGAAUUUCUUUAUUGAUUAUUGAGACCCCCCAAGGCUGGAGAUAUUGACUCUGUUGCAUCUGCUUUGGAGUGUAAGGGCAGCACAAAUUCAUUUCUGUGUUGAAAGUUGAACAAGUCUUCGCAGAUGACUAAAUGUGCCCAAAUAAAUUGUUUGAGAAGUCAUUUCCUUUCUUUUGUUAAUCAGAAAAAUGAGAGACCCCAAGCUUUUUCCUUUGUUAUGUUCUUUUUUGGAUUGUUGAGCAUGUGCUAGGCUGUAUGCACAGUAGAGUCAUAAGAAGAAGCAUUUGCCAGUGUUUCAAGAAAUGUGUAUGAGUUUUGAGUCACCCUCACAGAGGCUUAUGUCACUGGUUAGAUAAAAUGUGAUAGUUAUGGCCAUAACGUAAACUCUGCCUUAAAGCUGCUUUUUUUGUUUGCACUUUACAGCAUGUAUAGUGGUUCUUUGCAUAUACUUUUGUUUAGUGUGCCAGAAAUGAGCUGCAGUUAUAUGUAGUGUGAGUGUGUGAACAGUCCUCAAUUGAUGUUAACCGUAUGUAGUUGUUGUAACCAAGUGUUGCAGGUUGUUUUGACUACUUACUACAUUUUGCCAGUGCGCAUUAUUGGCACUGGAGAGUACUGUUUAUUUUAAGGAAUGGGCAAACUUUUGCUUGCCAUGUUCUGGGGCAGCUGAAAUGUAAUACAUUCCUACACAGGUAUCAUGGCUGGUUUGGCAUUCAAAGCAAUUCACACUGUAAAAAAGAAAGAAAAUGGUGUGCUGUGAACAGUGAGGCGUGUUAGCAUUGCUGUGAACCCAGGAAUCCAUUAGUGUUAAGCUAUUAAGGCACAUAAUGUGUUGAUUAACCUUUGUCUGGAAGUUUGCAUGACAUUUAUCCCAAUUGAAGCCUUUUCAUUGUGGUGUUGCUUGUCCAAAGGGGCAUAUACCGAAUAUCCUCUUAUGGCGAGUGCUUUCUUGCCAGCAUGUUCAGUGUUUUACAUCACGUGAGGUUUGCCAACCUGCUUAUCCUGGAGGGUAUAGUAUGAGAGAAAGCAUAAAUAUCAUUUCAAUUGCCUUUUUGCAAGUUUUCUCUCAAAACCAGCUUGUAACCAAGAUAUAGUGAAGUGCGUGGCUUGCCCUAGUGAUGAAAGGAAAAUGUAACUGAUCAAAUGGGUUCAAUCCUUUUACAUGCUGCCAGACAUAGGCAUGAUGUUGACUGGCUAGCCACUUGUAUGUUAGGUAUGGGCACACUGCUCCAGAAACAAAGGGAAGCUGAUUUGUUGUUGCUGUACAACUUUUUGCCACCAGAUGAUAGAGCUUUCUGCCACCAGAUAAGUCAGCAUACUGGUGUGUAUUGUCUGGGAGAUUGGUGACUGCGUCCGCGCACUGCUGAAAGCAGGCUUAAAUAAUCUGUUGAAAGGCAAGUUGUGCAGCUCACGCUGACGCACUGCCUGUUGCAAGAAUCAUCUGCAGACCAACUACCUGCUUCUGUACUUCUUUCUUUGUCCAUUGCAUAGCUGUUGGCUCAGCAGUGUCGCAUGCCUUUCAUCCCAUGGCUGGACUCUGUCCAUGCUUUCCUUCAGUACUUCUGCUGUCUAUCCGUGGUGGUCAACCUCAAUAAGACUUGAGAGCAUUGCUUGUGUGCUUUGUUGAUACCUGCUGCUUAUGAUCUUUUUGUUGGAAUGCCACUGUACUUGUUGCAUAGCAGUGGAAACAGAGGUAAUCUGUUGCUUGUAUUGUGGGCCCCUGUUAUUUUUCUUCUUAAAUGUAUUUCAAUGAAUCGCUGUGUGAGAUUGGUCAAAUUGGCAUCUGCUACAUCAGGAGGCGACUGUGCUGUAAACAAAGCAGAAUAAAACGUACCUACAAAUA